GGGGAGGGGGGGGGGGAGGGGUAGUGACCACACUCGACUGCAGACACCUGCAUAGGCUGCCAAGGCAAAGAGACGGGGGACGACAGAGGAUGGUGGAGGAACUCAACAUUGAUGACCUCAACAGGGUGCGCAUCCUUGGCAACGACGAGUUUGCCGACUCGGCCAAGCUGCGGCAGACGGCCAACGAGUUUGUGGAGAAGAUGACGGCGUUCCAUGAGCAGGUGAGAGUGUUCGAAGAGCAGGUGGAGGGCCGGGCGGCGGUGGUGGAGGAAGGCAAGCUGGCAGUGAUCGGGCAGAGGAACCUGAUCCAGGGGGAGGAGGAGGCCAUCAAGGCAAAGAAGGCACAGCUCGCAGCCCGCAUCGCUGAGAAGCAGGCUGCGCUGGAUCGGCAUGUGGCGCAUGGCGCGUCGUUGAUGGCGGUCAUUCGCGAGCAGGAGGCGCUGCUGGAGAAGCUCUCCAACAACGAGGCGUAGUGGUGACGGAGCCGUGGUGUGAUAGGUACGAGCCAUGCGUGAUACAAACCAUAUUCAUUACAUAGCUGUGUCGUGCAGGA